AUGAUGAGAAUGAGGCUCCAAUGGAAUAAUUUAAUGCUUGUGGCAGCAAUUGUGGCAGCUCUACUGACCUGCAGCUUUGGUCAGGGUGAUAUCGGCGUCAAUUAUGGGUUGAAUGGAGAUAAUCUUCCACCUCCAGCAGAAGUUGUAGCCAUGUUUCAGAGGUGUAAAAUUCCAUACAUGAGGAUUUUUGAGCCGAAACAUGAGGUGCUGGACGCGCUAAAAGGAACAGAGAUCAUACUCAGCCUUGGAACCAGAAAUGAAGAUAUACAAAGCCUUGCACAAAGUCCAGAAGCAGCCACCGCCUGGGUUAUUGCUCAUGUGCAGCCUUAUGCAAACAGUGUGAAAAUUGGAUGGAUCACUGUUGGUAACGAGGUGAUUCCAGGACCGUUUGCCCCAUUUGUUGGUCAAGCCAUUACUAACGUUCGUACUGCUCUUGCUUCCGUUGGCUUGCCUCCCAUUCCUGUGACAACUGUUGUUGCAAUGACUGCAUUAUCAGUCUCUUAUCCGCCCUCAGCAGGAGCUUUCUCAAAUGAUUCGUUGGAUGCCAUGCGCAGCAUUGUACAGUCUCUUGCAAGUGCAGGUUCACAAAAGCCAACACCCUUGAUGAUCAACGUCUAUCCUUACUUCGCUUAUGCGUCUAACCCGGUAGAUAUAUCGUUAGACUAUGCCAUGUUCAAGGGGGCAACACCGGUGGUUGAUGGAGAGUUGAAAUAUUUUAGCUUAUUUGAUGCAAUGGUAGAUUCUUUUUAUGCUGCAUUGGAGAAGAUCAACGCGAGCAAUGUUCCUCUUAUUAUAGGCGAGACUGGUUGGCCUUCAGCAGGGAACGAGCCAAAAACAAACAAAGAAAACGCGCAUAUGUAUAAUCAAAAUCUGAUUGUCCAUAUUAAAGGGAAUGGAACACCAAGGAAACCAGGCCAAUUGUUGACAGCUUUUUUCUUCGCAAUGUUUAACGAGAAUCUGAAGGCACCAGGAGUUGAGCAGAACUUUGGAUUAUUCACUCCACAGAAGCAGCCCGUGUAUCCACUUUUGAAUUGUUAGCCAUUAAUUACAAUGAUGGAUAGAAAUAAUACAUUUACU